AGCUGUUUGGCUGAAGAUGGGUCUCACAAGCGGCCUUGCUUGGCUGGCCAUGCGCGAGAAUGCCAGUUGCCAACGAAGAUGAACCACUCUUGUCCAACUCGAAGUCGUGCAACGUCUGGUGCGACAGCUCCAAAGUGAUCGUGCAAGAUGAGCAUGAGCUCACCGGAGAGGUCCUCCCCGAAGUGUCCGAGCAGUUCACGCUGCAAUGGCUCAAGGAGGAAGCUGAAGAGGAGGAUGUGGUCCGCGUGAUGACUCAGCUCUUGGCGGCGCGGCCGGAGCUGGAAGCAUCACUGCUCACGGCCAUCAACGCCUGCCAAGUGGGGAUGCGGACGCUGCAGCGGAAGUCCACCUGGCCCAGCUUCUUUGACCCUGGCAUGGAGCACCAGGAGGAAGUCUUGGAGGAUCGACCCACGGAUGUGCCCAGGCUCCGCUUUACCACCUGCAGCUACUUUGUGGGCGAGGAGGAGGAGAAAGUGGAGAUUGAGGUGACUCGGUCGGGGAACCUGAACUAUCCGUCCAAGGUUCACCUACAUACGAACGACUUGUCUGCUAAGGCAGGUGUGAACUACGUUCCGGAAAGCAGGAUGCUUGUCUUCAAACCUGGCGUGGACUCGAUCACCGUGAGCGUAACUCUGAUCGCCAGUGAUGAAUGGUCUCCCACCUUGGAGUUCGAGGUGAUAUUAGAGUCUUCGAGCACGGCGAAUGCCGAGCUGGAUGUCUAUGGCAGAUGCGCACGCGUGAAGAUUGACGACAAGGAUGCAUUUCCAUCCAACGUGGUGGAUGUGCGCAAGCUCUCGAAGAGCUUAUCCUGGGAGCACUUGAGGCAAGCGUUGGAGAAUGCUCCCCUCUUGAUCUUGAUGUCGGAGUACUUGAAGCUCAACUUCCGCAAUGACACGGUCCGACGAGGCACAAUCAAAAUGCUGAUGGCGCUGCAAUGUCAUCACCUCUAUGGAAUCUUGAGGUUGUUUCUCAGCGUGCUGCUGGUAGACAAGGUCUUCAAAGGUGGCGAGGAAUUCCCCUCCGAACCGCCGCAAUCAUUGUCGGACUUUUUGCAUAGCCGCCCCGGCAUGCUGGUCUGCGUGAUGUGUGGGAUGUUAGUGCCUUUUGCGUUUCUCCACUACCUGGACUAUGUUUCUAUGACCUGGAGAGUGGGCGGAGCAUCGCGAGCACAGCUUCUGUCGGCAUUGGUGAGAAGACUGCUGCACUACGAUGUCUCUUCCAGGAUUGACAUCAAGCAAGGUGCCGAAAUCAUGGCUAUGUCCAAGGAUGUGGAAGAUAUUGUCCAGAAUGGCUAUAUGGGAGUUUUGGAGAUCAUCUCUCAUUUGCAAAACCUUGCCACGGUCUUGGCAUACCAAGUGAUUUCCCGGCUGAUUCUCCAAGAGCCCAUCAGCCCUUGGAGCAUUGCACCCUUGGCGGUUCAUCCCAUCUUGCUCGCGCUUUUUGCCGUUUGCCGUCGUUCUGCCACGAUUCACGUCCAACAGGCCGAGAAUGUCGAGCGAGCCUCCCUGGUGAGCCAAAUGCAAAGCGUCACGCUGAACAACACCAUCAUCCGGAAUUUGGGCGGAGUCGCGAAAGCGAUUGAUCAAUUCGAGCGGGGUAUCGCUUCAUUCAAUGCCUCCUGCAUCAACACGAUGCAAGUCAUGAAGAAUAACAUGUAUUUCGCGAAUUGGAUGGGAUUGGUGAUGCUGGCUGCGUACACACUGGUUGGCGGACUGGAAGUUGUGGAUGGCAAGAUGAGGAUGGGUAUUUUUCUGGCAGACAUCACCUUGUUCACACAGAUCAACAUCACCUGGAGCAUGAUUUGCAGUCGUGGUGUCGAGAUCAACAGCAUACUGCCCGGGCUUGAGCGGGUGGUGAUCUUGAUGAACCUUCCAACCGAUUUGCCAGAUCGCCGCAAGCUGCUGAGGCAUCUUGUGUCCGCUUCGCGCGGGAUGCGGAGCAUCAUGGAGACCAACAGCCCUGAAAAGCGGCUGCAUUUGGAUGACUUGCCACUCUUCUUGAAGGGGCCGCUCAUUGAGUUUUCCGUGAAGUCCCAGCAGGGAGAGUUCUUCAUUCGAAAGGUUGCCCUACAGCUGAGUGGGGAGUUGUACAUACAUCAGGGAGAGUUCAUUGCGUUGGUGGGCCUGCAUGGCCACGGAAAAUCCUCCAUCUUGAAGAUGUUUGGUGGAGAGCUACUUCCUGGAGAAGGAAACUUGCCUGGCUUCUUUGUCCCUCCACACCUUCGGGUGUUGCAUGUUGGAACUGAGCCGGGCCUCUUCCAUGGCACGCUGUAUGACAAUCUGAUCUUUGGCGUUGCUGAAGGUGCCCACAGAGAUGAUGCAGACAGGGAGCGCGUCAAACACAUUUGCCAACUUUUGGCUCUACCGGAGGAAAUUCUGGCCCUGCUGGAUGUGCCUGACAAGCUUUGUUGGGAUCAGGUUCUAUCUCACACUCAGCAAGCCAAGCUUGGUCUUGCUCGAGCAUUGGUUGCCAAUCCAGACGUCCUUCUUCUCCAUAAGCCAGCAAUGCCAUAUGACGACCGGACCUCUCACAUGGUUCUGGAGGUGAUCAAGAGCCACGUCAAGAAUCAUGGUGUUGGAUACGCCAAAAAGCCGCUGAUGAGGUCGCCACGGACGUGCAUUUUCACGAGCUCCAAACGAUAUGGAUUGCAGCUGGCGGACCGCAUCUACCUUAUUGGACCAACAGGACUGAUUCAAGAGGUCCAAGCAGAAGACGUUACUGAGGGCAUGUUAGCCUAGGCCCCAACCAACCAGCCCAAGUUGGAACAAAGUCUGGAAAAGUGUGCCAAAUCAGUUGGCAUUGCUUGAUUGGAAGGGCGGCGGGAGGGGCUCAGUGUCACAAUUGCCACGAAAGAACUUGCCACGCAAGAUCUCGUGGUUUCUGUGGUCAGCGAACCACAGCUUCUGGCAGAGGUGGCG